CGUAGACGAGAAGAAAAAAAAGGCUUGUUUACCCUGUUCGUCAUCCCCACCACGGCCUGCUUGCUUCAAUUCCCAACCAAAACAGCAGAGCAGCCGCCGCCGGCUGUUGACCCCGCCGCCACCAAUUCGCCACCGCCGUCGCCGUCGUCGCCGUCGGGGCUCCCUUCUCCUGCUCCCCGCUACCCACUCCCCUGCCCUCAGUUCGUUGGCUGAAGCUAUGAAGUAGGUUGCGUCGCUGAGUCGUCGUACAAAUCAGAUCGUGAGCGGCAAAGCGGGGAGAUCAGAAGCUGAUGGGCGGCGGCGGCGGCGGAAAGGGCACACGGCGCCGCAGCUGCCUAUGCUUAAACAGUUAAUUCGGAUGGAAACCAAUGGGUCAUCUGCCAAGAGUCAGGAGAUCGGGUCAAAAAGAAAGUGGAAGAACCAACAUGAACAUACAGCGAAGCACAUCGCGUGGCAUUCCUUUGGGUACCAAGGCCACCAUCCCCAACAGAGGCCUGCACGGGAUGGUGCUUCACUCACCCCCUCGCCAGGGACGCAAAAUAAUUUCCAUGUUUCAGGAGACCGAUUCUUUCUGACGUCCAGCCCAUACCAGAAAGAUGUAGAAAGUAGGUACCUCCAGGACAAAAUGAACGGGACAAUCACUUGUUUGGUCUGUGGCAACCAAGGACAUUACAGUUGUGACUGCCGUUUCAAGGACCAAGAGCACAAAAUCAUUUGCGCAGUCUGUCGCAAAAAUGACCACUGUAGCAUGUGGUGUUGCCAGCAGAACAAGUCGGAGAAUCGCGCUUGCACCCGCUGUGGAGAGAUAGGGCAUACUACCAGUACACAUGGUCUCGGUUGCUCAAGCUGUGACGAGUAUCAUGACGACGGAGAGUGCCGUUUAAGCGAGGUUAAAUGCUUCAUCUGUGAAUGUCAGGAUCAUUAUCUUGCUCAGUGCCCCUUGAAUUCAGUAUUGACUGAGGCAUUUCAGGGUCAGAGAGACAACUUCCAAGCCGCUCUGCGGCUUGCACUAUCAAAACAACGCAACCCAUCAUCUACACCUCCCAAGUGUUAUGCAAAAUCAGAAGGAAAAGUACUGACCGCCAACAAGUCUAGUCCAAUUUGCUUUACAUGCAGUGAAGAAGGUCACUUUGCCUUUCAGUGUCCUCAGAACAGCCCCGGCCAGUCCGAAGAAUUUGAAGAGAGCAACACUAUAGCUACAUCCGCCAACCUGUCCAAAGAAUUAGAAGAACGGGACCCUGAUACAGGUACUGCUAAACAAUCAUCAGAAAGGAAGCCGAUAUUGUACGAUCAGUGUUGCCCCUCAAAGGCAAAAGUACUGACCCCCAACAAGCCUAGUCCAAUGGUUAGAACAUGUAAAACAAAAACAAAAGGGAAGAAAAGUAUGUGCUUUACAUGCCGUGAAGAAGGUCAGAAUGCCCAUAUGUGUCCGCAGAAGUUCGGAGCUAUAUCUGGCAACACAUCAAAAGAAUUAGAAGAGAGCAGCAGUAUAGGUACAUCCUCCAACAUGUCCAAAGUAUUGGAAGAACAGGACCCUGGUACCGCUAAACAUUCAUCAGAAAUGAAGUGGGUUCUUGGAUGUGUUAGCUGUGGUCAGGAAGGGCACAGGGCCAAGAGCUGUCCAACACGAGUGUUUAUAUGCUCCUUAUGCAAUGAAGAAGGCCACAAAGCCAAGAAAUGCCCUCAGAAGGGCCAGAAAUCAUCAGAAAUGAAGCGUAAAUCGAAUGUCCGAUGUGUAAGGUGUGGUGAGGAAGGGCACAAGCGCAAGAAGUGUCCGUUGAAACAUCAAUCAUAGACCGUCCACAAGUCUAGUCCUUUGGUUACAGUAGACAACACAUCAACACGAGUGGUUACAUGCUUCCGUUGCAAGGAAGAAGGCCACUGCGCCAAUCGAUGCCCUCAGAAGCACCAGAAGCGUUAAGACUGUUCCACCAAGAGCUAUCGGUAAAGCAAACAGUAGUACUCAUAAUGACUAUACAUGGCAUUACAUUUUCAAUCACGCCGAUAAGCAGCUUGGGAAGAGAUCUUGGCACUAAAGAUACAACCAAGGGGAAAAAUACUCACUGAGCUGAGCCAGACCUCCUCCCUUGACUAAAAAGUUACUGCACAGUUACCGUCUUUUUCUUUAGAUACUCUAGCGGUUGAAAAGUUUUCAAUGAAGGGCAUUUUAUAUCAUGUGUUUUUG